AGAAAUCUUCUGUUUUUGAGAAACUGAAGAGCCGUUAAACCCUAGUGUGUGUGUCGUCUGAGGGAGAAGAAAGCAACGGUGAAGAAGAAGAUAAUAAUAAGAUGUCGGAUAACAAAGAUCACAACUCCGAUUCAGACUCCGACGGUGCACCGGAGGAAUUCACCCAGGAGCAGGCACAGUUGGAAGAUGCAGAGUUGAGGAAGAUACAUAGAGAGAAUAAGGCUAGGGUUGCCCGCGAGAAGAAAGAGAGUCGAAGGCGUUUGGCAGAGAAGAUAACGCCAAGGAAAUCACGAAAGGUUGACACUUUCGAUGAUAUUGAAGAAGAAGAAGAGCAUGAGGAAGACCCUGAAGCUCUUGCAAACAAGGGGUUCCUUUCCAAAAACAUCAUAGACUUUCUUGCAGAGCGGGAGAAACAUAAAAACAGUUCGGAUUCUGAAGAGGAGGAGGCCAACAAAGAACACCCGAGAAAGAAAAAGCGAAAGAGCUCAGGUAUUGAGACGGUUAUAUACAAGGAGAUUCCACCACCGGAAUGCUUGAAAACAGGGUUAGAUUUCUUAAAGAAGCGUAAAGCACAAGUCCCUAGAUCUUCUUCAAUCCUCAACAACUCCAGCCAAGCUCUCCGACUUGUCACCGGUGCCAAGAAGCAGCCACUGAGAAAAUAAAACUCAUUCAAGAUUCAAAAUCCUUGUGUGCUUCUUCAAUGCCAUUUUAGUUUGACUU